AUGUCAACCAACUCUGGUAUUACUUCUGAAUCACUCAAGGCAGUUAUUAUUGAACGCCUUCAAGCACAGCAUGCUGAAGUUGAAGAUUUGUCAGCAGGUUGUGGACAAAUGUUCGAAGUGGUGAUUGUGUCGCCUUUGUUUGAAGGAAAGCGCCUUUUGGCUAGACAUAAACUUGUUAAUGAAGCAUUAAAAGAAGAAAUCAGUAAAGUACACGCUUUUACUCAGAAAUCUUUUACUCCUGAAGAGUGGGAAAAGAAGAAGCAAGCAUAA